AUGUAAAAAUACUAGUGUUUAGCAUUACCUGGAUUGUUGAAUGAAGCUGAGUUAAUGAAAAGUUUCUUGGCAUAAUUAGAAAAGAUCUUGAGCUCAAUAAUAAUGUUUGAAUACUUGAAUCCUUCUUAUGAAGUGAGUAAGAGAAUUAUUCAAUUACCAUCAAACAUAUCACUUAAGUAUUACUUAGCAAAUUUAGAUGAUAAAAUUUACAGAUGA